AUGGCCGGCGCCGCCUACGACGCAGACAGCAUCCAGAGAGCGGGCCCUGCUAACGACUCCGAGAGCCUCCGCACCGCUCACAGCAUGAUGGACUCCGAGAGUCUCCAAACGGCUCACAGCAUGAACGACUCCGAGAGUCUCCAAACGGCUCACAGCAUGAACGACUCCGAGAGUCUCCAAACGGCUCACAGCAUGAACGACUCCGAGAGCGGUCAGAGGGGGGUCCAUGGCCUCGGCCUCGCCGACACGGACAGUCUCCAGACGGCUCACGCCCUGACCGACGCCGACAGCCUCCGCCACGUCCACCGGCCCUAUGACACGGACAGCACCCUGACCAAUCAGCUCGCGUACGACAGCGCCAGCAACCAGACCAUCAACCCCUCCUCAGACACUGACAGCAAUCACACCAUACACCCGCCCUACCCCCCGCCCUAUCCCCCCCCGCACACACACACACACUCACACACACACACACACCUCUCCGACCGCAGGCUCGUGGACGACUGCGUUGCAGGAGGGUCGCAGGGCGACGCCCCCAGCACUAGCCACGCCCCAGACCUCCCGCAUGCCUCCGAAGACCCGCCCCCCUACAGCCCCCCCGACCCCAAGCUGGCGUACCUCAUCUACCCCCCGCCCCACUACUCCGGCCAGCCCGUCAUCGCCUGCCAGCCCCCCCCCAACUCCCCCGGGUUCUACCAGCCGCAGUUCAUGCCCUCGGCCAGCUACCCGCCCUACGCCAUCUACAUGAAUGGCUCUUCCCUGGGGGAGGACCAGCCCCCCCUCCCUAAAGACUACCUGGUGGAGUCGCUGCUGGUCACCAUCUUCUGCUGCCUGAUGAGCGGACUGGUCGCCCUCAUGUACUCCUACGAGACGCGGGCGGCGCUGGCGCGUGGUGACAUCAGAGGUGGUGAGCGAGCGUCUCAGAAGGCUCGUUUCCUGGUGAUGUUCAGCCUCAUGUUUGGUGUGUUUGUGUGUGUGGGCUGGAUCAUAUACGCGGUCAUUGCCCUCUGUGUGUAGGAGACAAACACACACACACACUAUGGAUUUAUUUAUUUUGCUACGUAACGUACUGUCCCUUACGCUCAAUGGUGUUUUUUGCCCCCAACGGCACCUUCCAGGCAGCACAGCCUAAAAGGCACUACCUUCACCCUAUUCCACCCCCUCAACCCUCAUCCUACCCCUAAACUGAGGGGAGUAGUGCCUUGAAGGCAGCGCUGCCUGGAAGGCACCAUUGAGGGCAAAUAAUACCAAAGACCGACCCGCUCUACAGUGUAUGUGUGUAGGAAACACACACACAAUUUAUUUUGUAAUGUAUGUACUGUCCCUUAUGGCGUAUGUUGCUGGGUAAGACUUCCCCUCCUUGGAGACUUGAGGACUUGUGGUUAAAUCAUUUUAAUACUACCAAUGCUACUACCACUGCACAAAACAAUUGAAUAACACACUCAACACCUUAGACAGCACUCAACAGUACUUUCUAAACGUUUUAAAGAGAGUACUCAACAAUACCCUCUAAACAUUUUAAAGAGAGUACUCAACAAUACCCUCAAAACGUUUUAAAGAGAGAACUCAAUGGUACUUUCUGAACGCUUUAAACCACUCAUGGACCUCUCGGGCCAGACGCCCUUCUUCGGUGUGGAUUGCCGAGUGUAUUGGCAACUCUAUUGCUGACCAGUGUGCAAUGAAAAAGCUAAUGUGUGAUUGCCUUUAGUGCUGAACUGCACCGUUGCCUUAAUAUAUAACUUAUGCAAGACCUUCACUUCUGCACACCAACGGGCUCAAGUGUGAGUCUCUAGUUAGGAAUUUGUAUGUUUGUUUAUUUGGGAACAUGUCCGUUAAACAAUUAUGUAAAUAAUACACACAGCACUUUCAAAAUCAGAAAAUGUGUAAAAACAUAAAUUUGCUCUUCAGUGGUUGAGAUAUAUUGUAUAAUAUGAUGGUUUGCAUUCUGCAGAUGGAAAAAAACACAUGUAAAUCAUAAUAUGUAUCA